CUCCUCAGCGAUAGCUCCAGCUCGCUCCCUUUCACCAUCCGCCCGUAUCACAUGAUGACUUCACAGAUCAGCGUAUCGGAGUGAAUUUGGUUGGCGCGCGGAUCUGCUGUGCUGCGGAACUGCGGAAGGGUGAGCAUGACCACCAUGCUAUCACCAUGUGACUUGAUGUUACCAUCGAGCUGCUCAGGAAUGCGCCCUUCCUGCAGCCUCCCCUUCCUCCUCCCAACCAUAGUCCACUCUUAUGAGCGCGCUGUAGCCUUCCUGUGCCAUUCGCGUCAUCAAGCACAGGCGCGAUGCCCUUCCCAAAUGUCCCCUCACCGCCUACCCUUUUCCCUACCUACCUCGUUCCAUCACUACCCUUCCGCAGGCGACAGUCCAGCACCGACAGCACCAUCUCAGCCAUCAGCAGUACCGCCUCUACGAGCAGCAGCAGCCCUCCAGACCCAGGAUCCUUCUUGUCCGGACACGCCUCCCACUUACGAUGCGCGCGCUGUCUUUCUGACCUUGCCAUCAGUACUCAGAUCAUCAGUAAGGGCUUCACCGGUCGCCAUGGCCGCGCAUACCUUGUCGCGCCUUCCCAAUCCUCUAACUUGCCCACCCCGAUGGACAUUUCCUCCGUAAGGCAAAGGAACGACGCCCUCCCCAAUCUACCCAACACAUACACCCACAAGCCCGUCCCACGACAGCUAGUCACCGGCGCGCACACCGUCGGCGACAUCAGCUGCGCCCAUUGCGGCAGCGUGCUGGGCUGGAAGUACAUCAGCGCCGAAGAGGAAGCGCAGCGGUACAAAGUGGGCAAGUUUAUCCUCGAGACCAAGCGUGUGUGCAGAAGUAGCGUGUGGGAGAACGAGGAUGACGUGACGGAGGCUCACGAGCAGAUGGAGAAUCAGCGGAAAGAUAGUUCCGGAAGGAGAAGAAGUUCGCUCUUGCCGCCCAAUGAGCUGCCGAAGCUGAGGGAGGAGGACGAGGUGGAAUUUGAUAGCCAGGAUGAGGAUGAGUGUGAGGACUUGUUCAUGGGAGUGUGGACGCCGCAGUUGGCGGCUAAGCGAAGGAAGAAUAGGGUGUUUGGACGGAUUGAUGAGGUUUCCUGAUACGCUUCCGCGUGCAUUUGAGACGAUGAUACGAUCAACGACUUAUUGACUUAUGAUUGGACGAUGCUUAAUUGUAAUCACGCAUCAUCGAAGGCACGAGCAUAUAAGACUUGGUUAUGGGCGUUCUGUGGGUUGUGAGAGACGCAUUGCUCGUCACCGCGCAGUACGUACUGCUUAAUAGAGGUU